CGUGCACAUAGAUGACAAAGUUUAUUAAAAUUUACUAGCCUGUUGAUUGCUUGUUGACCACUUGCAAUCGCCCUAUGGAAGGUUUUUCCUGAUGUAAUGCUGAUACUGCAGAACAUCGCAGCAAUUACCGCAGCAGUCGCAGCAGUGGCGCACCAUUAUCACGCUGCCCGAAACAUGCAGCAUGCGUUCGUUUAGGUGAGAAGACCACUGCCUGGUGUCUACCCUUGUCGUGCAUAUAAGGCCCCGCCUAUCUGCAAACACACCUAGUUGAGUCAUCCUUUGCACACUAUCGUCAUGAUCCACUUCGUACGAAUCUUCCUCUACUGUCUUCUUUCCAUCUUCUCAGUUGUCCUUAUGGCACUGUGCGCCGCAAGGCUGCAAUACACCUUACAUUUGUCGCUAGAUGAUCCUCUGAAUGGAGGCAUCCAAUUUUAUGACCACAUCGUGGUUGAACUGCUCGUGACAUCCAUCAUCACCAUUUUCUGGUCGACGUUUAUUGCCUGGACCAUCCACGGCAGACACGAACAUCGUCACAUGAACACCUUCACUGCAGAGCUCGUUGGAUUAUCUAUCCUUUUCCUUCUCUGGCUCGCCGGCGCUGCUGUUGCCACAAGCAACGGCAAUCCACCUGACAUCCUAUUCACAUGGGGUAACCUUUCUUACUGCUGGGCGUACAGCAUGUGUAGGAUCCUCUCUGCGCUGGUCGCAUUCGCUUGGCUAGGCUGGCUCCUCGUCUCAGCCCUACUCGUGAUGUCAUUACUGUUCGCAAGAGCUAAUAAGGCAUUCCACGAUCCGAUGCACGGGCGCUGGGAUCGCCGUGUCACCAAUUACGGAGGAGACUUGGCUAUGUAUAACAUUGUUAAGUGAGGAGGGUGACGUCAGAAGAAUAGGGCGUAGAUACUAGUAUGAGGAGUUGAAAGAUGUCAGAGCGGUGAGUCUUUCUUUCAGGUGUGGAAACGUGGACACCGUGCUAUUUAAUAAUGACAUUUACAUUACUCUAUGAUACAACACAUCGCGACUGAUGCAGCGAAUCGUUGCAGGUCACAUUAUUGAAAGGUGUGGACAGGGCAGAUCAUUCGAGAAACUACAGUCUGAGAGAUAGAUUGAUCAUAAUACAGAUAGUUUUCAAUACCAGUCCACGAUCGCUAUUAUUAUUAGUACACUUCCCCAACAUAUUAUUCAAUUAGCGUUCUCAGCUUCCGCCAUGCGGAUCCAUAGUCCGCC